UGAAUGAUAACAUAGUACAAUUCGCAAAUCCUCACAAGGUGGUAGUCAAAGGAAGACCCAAAGGAACAAGUCAUCAUAGUAAAAGUGUAUUACAAGAAAUAAGCAAUAAGAAGAAACAUGAAUAUACUUGUGGGUUCUGUAAAGAACUUGGUCAUAAUAUUGCGACCUGUAUGCUUUUAGAUAUAUUUGCACCUUUGCAUGUUUGUAUUUCAUUAUUUAAUAUAGGAUACAG